ACAAUGCGGCUGCGCAGGGGAGCUGCCGCUCUUCCAUGCGCAUGCGUGGGGCCGCAGCGGCAGGACUGAUUGCUCCAAGGCUGCUGUGGCCUCGCCGGCGUUUCAAAGUUCGGUAUGGCUGUCCCCGCGGCGGCAAUGGGGCCCUCGGCGCUGGGCCAGAGCGGUCCUGGCUCAAUGGCUCCCUGGUGCUCCGUUAUCAGUGGCCCGACUCGCUACGUGCUUGGGAUGCAGGAGCUGUUCCGCGGUCACAGCAAGACGCGCGAGUUCCCCGCGCACAGCGCCAAGGUGCACUCCGUGGCUUGGAGUUGCGACGGGCGUCGCCUGGCCUCGGGGUCCUUCGACAAGACGGCCAGCGUCUUCCUGCUGGAAAAGGACCGGUUGGUCAAAGAAAAUAAUUACCGGGGUCAUGGGGAUAGUGUGGACCAGCUUUGUUGGCAUCCGAGUAAUCCUGAUCUCUUUGUCACCGCGUCUGGAGACAAAACCAUUCGAAUCUGGGAUGUGAGGACUACGAAAUGCAUUGCUACUGUGAACACUAAAGGAGAGAACAUUAAUAUCUGCUGGAGUCCUGAUGGGCAGACCAUUGCUGUAGGCAACAAGGAUGAUGUGGUGACCUUUAUUGAUGCCAAGACACACCGUUCCAAAGCAGAAGAGCAAUUCAAGUUUGAGGUCAAUGAAAUCUCCUGGAACAAUGACAAUAACAUGUUCUUCCUGACAAAUGGCAACGGUUGUAUCAACAUCCUCAGCUACCCAGAGCUGAAGCCUGUGCAGUCUAUCAAUGCCCAUCCUUCCAACUGCAUCUGUAUCAAGUUUGACCCCAUGGGGAAGUACUUUGCCACAGGAAGUGCAGAUGCCUUGGUCAGCCUCUGGGAUGUGGAUGAGUUAGUGUGUGUUCGGUGCUUUUCCAGGCUGGAUUGGCCUGUGAGGACCCUUAGUUUUAGCCAUGAUGGGAAAAUGCUGGCAUCAGCAUCGGAAGAUCAUUUUAUUGACAUUGCUGAAGUAGAGACAGGAGACAAACUGUGGGAGGUACAGUGUGAGUCCCCGACCUUUACUGUGGCCUGGCACCCCAAAAGGCCUCUGCUGGCAUUUGCCUGUGAUGACAAAGAUGGCAAAUAUGACAGCAGUCGGGAAGCUGGAACUGUGAAGUUGUUUGGGCUUCCUAAUGAUUCCUGAUAGGAGGACCUGACACAGGGAGAGGAAGCCCUCGCAGAGGCCUUUCUUUGUAUACUUAGUUUGUAUGUUCUCUUGGAGUUUAUGGGCACCUAAAGUAUUGUAAAUUGAUAUAAAUUACACAUGUCUUUUGUCAGUCUGCCUAUUCCAGUUUCCUUCCUAUUUGUUACGAUAGCUGUUCCCAGGAGGACUCUGCAGUGAUGACACCAGCAUAUCUUGUCCUCUGGGGACCGCCUGGAUUCCCUGCUUUUGGGUGUAUGGUGGACUUUGUUGGGCUUGCUUUACUUGGUCAAUACCCAGUUUGGAGGGGUGGGUGAGGAAGGGUGAGAUGGAGACAGAUCUUUUUAAUAAUAAAAAGAUAUAUAUAUAA